UACGCCUCCGGAAAAGGCCGUUAUCGAUCUCCCGGCACUCAUACAACGUUGCUUCAAUUAAGCCCUUUUCCGCUCCUGCCGGGCUCCGAGCGUUCCUGGCUAAUUCGAGAGCAUGCCCAUCGGACCAUCAAUACAAGUACGAUACCCCGGCGAGCACUAUGCCAUUUCUCUACCUCGGGGUCUCUCAAUCGCCCUUUUCCGUUGCGCCUUGUCGUAGAACCAAUAGUGAAGCGCAGUGGCACAGGAAACCUUCGCACAGCCAGCCGUGCAGUCCUAUUGGAGGGCUUGGUUCUCAGAAGCGUGGGAAAACUCGUCGGGAAUACCCAAGAUCAGCACAACGACGUUCUAGACCCUUUGGACCCAUGGGUUGCGUGUCCUCGUGCCCUGAGCCACAGUUCUUGGCUUCGUAGGGUUUGCUCCGUUGGUCUAGAACGUGUUACGAGUGCUACUGUGGCGCCCUCAUUUUGCGGAUGCGACGGGAGGGAUUAACUCAACUUAUAGCAUAACGGUUUUGUUGUGAAGCCCGAGAGAUCAGAAUGACACGAUAAUGACAGGGGAGGGGAGGGACCAGCUUGUGAAUGCGUUGCCAUGCCGUGCCAUGCCAUGCGACGCGGGCGGUUAAAACGGUGUUUGUGAUUGAGGUCACGCGAGGCUUGGCGCGAGUUAAUUUUUGUGUCUUGGGCGUUUAAGGCUGCGAAGAAAUGACUGAUUGCUCAAUCUUGUGACCUUGAAUCGUCCAGGAUGCAGAGUAUGUGUUUCGAGAGAUGCUGUCGUGGCUGGGUUGGUUGUACUCAUGCAGGGUCUUUUGUCUCACACCCUUAUUCAUGCUCUGAUGUCGAUGACUAGAGUUUGUUAGGACUUUGGUGUCUCGGUUUGACCAACGGCGUAGUUGGUUACUGGCAUCGGGUUUGGUGUUGGGUCUUGUCUGCGAGUAUCAGGCAGUCAAGGGCAUGUAUGACAUGACCAUUGAUGAGACCAUGCCAUAUAAUAGUUCCGUAAGAUACGGUGCCAAACGCAGCAGCGCGACGUGAACAGAUGUUGUUUACAUUUAUAAUUCACAUCUGUAGGACUUGUAAGUCAAGUUGCAGGCGGCUAUCACUCGCUAGCUGCCGAGCGAGCGUCGAUCAUCUUCGUCUGGGGCAAGUCUGGCGAGUUUACCCUACGGCAUUUCUCUGGACUGCUUGUCCCAGCGUUUCACUGUCGGGUGCUGAAGCGGCUGAAAGGGCUGCCAAGAUGCACCAAUCUCAAUAGUUGGUUGGCUGCUCUCCCGCAGCUGCCUGACGCAUUACGUGGGGAUGCAUACAACCUCACCACCUCAAUACCGCAACUCAGUCACAAUUGUCGACAGUAAAACAUCAUCAGAAUGAGUAAAGAAAUGGAUCUCAUUGAUACCAUGUCCAUGGCUUCCACUGUCGAUGGCCAAGGUACGCCUACACACACAACAACAACCGAACACUGCAGAGAUUACACCGAAUCUGUUCCCUACCCCGAAGCAAUCUUCAUCAUCCGCCAUCGCGACUCAGGCAAAGUCAUCACCAUCGUCAACGGGGACCUCCGACUUUGUGAGGGCUUCAACCCGAGAGGAGGCUUUCACUGGGAGUGUAUCGAACGAGAUAGAUGGCUGGGCUUCCGAAACUGUGUUUCUGGGACUAUCAUCGGCCACAACGACAGGAAGAAAUUCAUCGCGCGAGUCAAUCACCACCAGUCGCAUGAGUAUUUCACACUCCGGCCGAGUCCGCAGGGUGGCUAUGAGCUCUUGAUGAGACAUGGCCAAGAGCUGUGGAGUGUGGCUGUUGGAGAUGAUGGAAGUGAGUUGGUUGAAGUGAAGGGUGAAGAGGCUUGAUGAUGUUUAUAUUAGGAUCUGGGAGACUCUUUUCAUCUUAUUAUGGUACAGUGCCUCUGAGCACCGACACAUAGCCGCGAAUAGAGAUAUCUGGAAAUGCUUCCCAAGAGCUUCUACACGUUCCCCUUCAGUGUUACAAGUGGUGAUGAUCUGCGUCUUUCCCCUCAGGUUCUCUUUAACAACCCCAUUCACAAGCAUUCUCUUUCCGUAAAUCUCCAUCUCCCCUUCGAAUUUCGCUUCAACCUCCACAGGCUGAAGCAGAAACUUGAUAGUCAACACGUUGCGUCGCUGAUGGCUAUCCGCGUGAGUAUUAAUCCACCAUUUUACAACAUCCCAGUCCAAAGCGAAGAACUCGAUGCUAGGAAACGAGUAGAAAGAGUUCCACUCUUUGUCUUCGCCGUUUCGAUACUGAUAGAUCCAGAGUUUAGUCUCUUCUGCCUUGUGGACUUGAUGAAAGAUCUAAUCUCUCUUGAGUCGGAUUUGUUGGGUUCUAAGGUUCUUGUGUACUAAACCGUCCAUGAGUGGUAUUGGCAUUGUGGUACUAUCGCCUCUGAAUGCUGUAUCGGAAUGAUAUUUGCUGCUAUCCGGGAAAGUGAUGAUAUUCACGAUAUGGUUCCUUAAUGUCUAGUUAGUGCUUGAUUUAUGUUGCUAGAAUAUUCGUAUGUAUAAAAAGAAUAUGAGCUUAUUUGUAUAGUGAUAGCCCUGA